GAGUUUAUCGAUACUCACAUACGUAAACAAUGGCAGAGCUGCACAGGCGGCGACCUGAGCCUGAGGGGGGAAAGUUAUCACCUGAAGGAGCGUCCUCCAAAACCAGGACACCCGGUGACAGCUCCGCGGUGUAUGUGAAACUGUUAGCGGCGGGAUUUUACGGAGUCAGUUCAUUCCUCAUCGUUGUUGUCAACAAAAGCGUCCUCACCGGCUACAGAUUUCCAUCCUCAACAUGUGUGGGAAUCGGCCAAAUGCUGGCUACAGUUGUAGUUCUGAGGUGUGGGAAGGCGUUGGGUGUUAUCUCAUUUCCAGACGUGGAUCUAAGUAUACCACGCAAGAUGUUUCCACUGCCUCUGCUGUAUGUCGGGAAUCAAAUAUCAGGGCUGUUUGGGACACAGCGACUCAAUUUACCCAUGUUCACGGUGUUGAGGAGGUUUAGCAUUUUUCUCACCAUGGUGUUUGAGGGACUCUUGCUUAAAAAGACGUUCUCCACGCCAGUUAAGAUCACCGUGUUUACGAUGAUCUUUGGUGCUUUCAUUGCUGCCAGCGAUGAUUUAGCUUUUGACCUUGAAGGAUACACGUUCAUAAUGCUGAACAAUGUCCUGACAGCAGCCAGCGGGGCGUAUGUGAAGCAGAAACUUGAGUCCAAGGAGCUGGGCAAAUAUGGGCUUCUCUACUACAAUGCUUUAAUUAUGAUUUUCCCCACUGCGGCUUAUGCCUGCUACUCAGGGGACGUGCAGGUGGGUUUGGAGUAUAAUGGAUGGUCUGAUCCGCUGUUUGUCGUGCAGUUUGUGCUCUCCUGUGUCAUGGGCUUCAUCUUAAUGUACUCCAUCAUGCUGUCGACGCAGUACAACUCAGCGCUGACCACCUCCAUCGUGGGCUGCAUCAAGAAUAUCCUGGUGACCUACAUAGGAAUGGUGUUUGGAGGAGACUACAUAUUCUCCUGGACUAACUUCAUCGGUCUAAACAUCAGCAUCGCGGGGAGCCUGGUGUACUCCUACAUCACCUUCACACAAGAGCAAACAAGUAAGGACCGUUCAAAUAAUGGGGAUCAUAAACCCUGUGAAAUUAAAAAGCUGUAA